GUUCAUUGUGAGAAAAAAAAUCAAAAUAAAAAUUAUGGAAAUUCACUAGAGCCUCUACAAACAAUUCAAAGAUAUCCAGGAUAAGAAGAUGAAUGUCAAAGCUCGUGAUUACGAACCAAAGCAGUGACUCUCUCAGUCGUCCUGUCUGCACUGGUCGAUUUGCAAUUUAGCACAAACCCUGUGCCAACAAUAUCAGUGAGGAGCUUUAGAAGAAGAGAGAAACGCUACAAUGGAGAAAUCAACGAAGACCACGAAGAACAAUGGCAAGAAAUCUACGAAACCAGCAAUAACACUCGAUCAGUUCGUAUCAAUCAUGAAUCCACUGAUUGACUUGGAGAAGGAAGCGGAGAUUUCAGCUUCCCUGAGCUCAGCCGAGACGAGAAGUUUGGAUGUUGCUCAGAAGAAGGGUUCCGCUAUUCUCAACUUGAAGUGUAUAGAUGUACAGACAGGGCUGAUGGGCAAGACUAUUAUCGAGUUCCAGUCAAAUAAAGAAGAUCUUCUCCCCCCUCACAAGUUUGGAACCCAUGACGUUGUUGUUUUGAAACCAAACAAGGCUGAUUUGGGCUCUCCUUCACUUGGACAGGGAGUAGUUUACCGACUGAAGGACACAUCUAUUACAGUUUCUUUUGAUGAUAUUCCUGAAGAGGGGUUAAAUAGUCCAUUGCGUCUUGAGAAAGUGUCAAAUGAGAUAACGUAUCGACGGAUGAAGGACACAUUGAUACAACUGAGCAAAGGGGUUCAGAAAGGCCCUGCUUCCGACUUGGUGCCUGUUUUGUUUGGAGAGAGAUCACCAAUGAUGUGUAAGAAGGAUGCUCAGUUCACCCUUUUUAAUCCCAACCUUGAUCACCCCCAGGUCUUCAAUUUCUCAUCAUUUUCUAUAUUUUGCACACUUUGGAGCCUUACUCCCUCUCUGAAUUCCAGUAUUUAUCCUCUAUCUUCAUUCUAAUUAUACUUUUGUGAGAAUUUUUGCAAUACUUCAACGAUUUUUUGUUUUGAAGAUGCUUCAGGGGGGAUGGUGGUUCUAUUUAGUUUAUAGUUUUUAACAAGCACCUUCAUACCUGUAGAUUUACUGACCUAUAUCAGAUAAUUCAGCAAAAGAUUUGAAGGUUUUGAAGCCAUAAGUUCAUAACAGAAGAAUUAUUGUUCAAAACCAGUUGCCUUAAACUCUUUUGCUCUAUUUGAGAUUCUUUGUUUAAUAUCUCUGCCAAAGUGCCAAGUAAUGUUUAUGCUGCAUUGUGAAUUAUAUUUGGUAAAGAAGAAAAUUUAUUAGAUGUCUACCUGCUGAAUUUAAUCGGUGCUUGCACCUAAGGGAGAAAUUCAGAAAGUUUUUCAUUGUCCACCGCAAUUUGCUUUGACUAGUUUAUUGUGUGAAAGCAUUCAAGCUUUCUGCACUGGUAACAAUAUAAUAAAGUAAAAUCUGUAUAAACAAAAUAUAUAUUUUAGAGUAAUAAUGAGUAAUGACCAUGCCAGCUAAAUAUUAAUCUCCAUGUUGAUUCUUUUAUCUUUGAUGCAUUGAAAGUUUUGCAUCUUAUAAGUUGGGCACAAAGCCACAAAUGUAGAAUUUGCAUGUAUAUCCAAUGCCACAUUUAGUGGAAAAGAUCUUUGGCGUGGUGUUGAUUGCAUUUCCAUGAACUUGUACGUCAUGUUUUACUCAGACUGUGUAGAUUAUUCUUUUCCAGACCUCCAUAAUUCUCUCCAUCAUUCUAUCAUACAACUAUUUAUGCAGUUCCUAUUUGUGGUAUCAUAUAAAUGUAGUCUAAAGGUACUCUCUUUUUACUUAAAAGAAAGUUGCCAUUACAAAGGCUCUUUCAUCCAAGGAUGUAUUUUUGCUGCAUGGACCUCCUGGAACGGGGAAGACAACCACCGUUAUUGAGAUUAUCUUGCAAGAAGUGAAACGAGGAUCCAAAAUUCUUGCUUGUGCUGCUUCAAACAUUGCUGUUGAUAACAUUGUUGAGCGGCUUGUUCCUCACAAGUAAAAUUACAUUUUGGCAAUUACUUUACCUUCAUUUGCAAUAACAUCCCUUUUCCGUG